CGCCUCUGUAGACGAACGUGCUCCGCCCUGCGGUUUUCUGCGCUCUGAUUGGCUGGCGCCUCUAGUAACGGUUUGAAACUUGGCGGUUAAGUCUUCGGUUGGGAGAGGGCGGCUGGAGACCUGGGAAGGGACGUUUAGUUUGAGACGGUGCUGAGAUAGCAUCAUGAAGGAAGAGGUGAAGGGAAUUCCCGUCAGAGUGGCGCUGCGGUGUCGCCCUCUAGUCCCUAAAGAGAUUAGCGAGGGCUGCCAGAUGUGCCUUUCCUUCGUGCCGGGGGAACCUCAGGUUGUGGUUGGUACUGACAAAUCCUUCACCUAUGAUUUCGUGUUUGACCCCUCAACUGAACAAGAGGAAGUCUUCAAUACAGCAGUAGCACCACUUAUUAAAGGAAUAUUUAAAGGAUACAAUGCUACUGUCCUGGCCUAUGGGCAGACUGGCUCUGGAAAAACCUAUUCAAUGGGAGGUACAUACACUGCAGAGCAAGAGAAUGAACCAACAGUUGGGGUCAUUCCUAGGGUAAUACAGUUUCUCUUCAAAGAAAUUGAUAAAAAGAAUGACUUCGAAUUUACUCUGAAAGUGUCAUACUUAGAGAUUUACAAUGAAGAAAUCUUGGAUCUUCUAUGUCCAUCUCGUGACAAAGCCUCUCAAAUAAAUAUACGGGAGGAUCCUAAGGAAGGCAUAAAGAUUGUAGGACUCACCGAGAAGACUGUUUUGGUUGCUCUGGAUACUGUUUCCUGUUUAGAGCAGGGCAACAACUGUAGGACCGUGGGCUCCACAGCUAUGAACUCUAAGUCAUCUCGAUCUCAUGCCAUCUUUACAAUCUCCAUAGAGCAAAGAAAGAAAAAUGACAAAAAUAGCAGCUUUCACUCCAAGCUGCAUCUUGUAGACCUUGCUGGAUCAGAAAGACAGAAGAAAACCAAGGCUGAAGGGGACCGUCUGAAAGAGGGUAUUAAUAUUAACAGAGGCCUCCUAUGCUUGGGAAAUGUUAUCAGUGCUCUUGGAGAUGACAAAAAGGGUGGCUUUGUGCCCUACAGAGAUUCCAAGUUGACUCGACUGCUUCAAGAUUCUCUAGGAGGAAAUAGCCAUACACUUAUGAUAGCCUGUGUGAGUCCUGCUGACUCCAAUCUAGAGGAAACAUUAAAUACUCUUCGCUAUGCUGACAGAGCAAGAAAAAUUAAGAACAAACCUAUUGUUAAUAUUGAUCCACAGACAGCUGAACUUAAUCAUCUGAAGCAACAGGUACAACAGCUACAGGUCUUGUUGCUACAAGCCCAUGGAGGUACCCUGCCUGGAACUAUAAAGAUUGAUGAAACUGUUGCUUGCAUAACUACAGCCAUUGAUACUGCAGUGGAACCAGAUGCGCAAGCAGAAACUAGUCCAGAGACCAGCAGGUCUUCUGAUGUUUUCACCACUCAGCAUGCUCUACGUCAAGCUCAGAUGUCUAAGGAGUUGGUUGAGUUGAAUAAAGCCCUUGCUCUGAAAGAGGCCCUAGCCAGGAAGAUGACUCAGAAUGACAGCCAACUACAGCCAAUUCAGUUCCAGUACCAGGAUAACAUAAAAAAUCUAGAAUUGGAAGUUAUCAAUCUGCAAAAGGAAAAGGAAGAAUUGGUUCUUGAACUUCAGACAGCAAAGAAGGAUGUCAACCAAGCCAAGUUGAGUGAACGUCGUCGCAAACGUCUUCAGGAGCUAGAGGGUCAAAUAACUGAUCUGAAGAAAAAACUGAAUGAACAGUCCAAACUUCUGAAGCUGAAAGAAUCCACAGAGCAUACUGUCUCCAAACUGAACCAGGAGAUACGGGUGAUGAAAAGCCAGCGGGUACAGUUAAUGCGUCAGAUGAAAGAGGAUGCUGAGAAGUUUAGACAGUGGAAGCAACAAAAAGACAAAGAAGUAAUUCAGUUAAAAGAACGAGACCGUAAGAGGCAAUAUGAACUGCUCAAACUUGAAAGAAACUUCCAGAAACAGUCUAAUGUGCUCAGACGUAAAACUGAGGAGGCAGCAGCUGCCAAUAAGCGUCUCAAGGAUGCUCUCCAAAAACAACGGGAAGUUGCAGAUAAACGGAAAGAAACUCAGAGCCGUGGAAUGGACGGCACUGCAGCUCGAGUGAAGUAUGCCUUUCUGCUUGAUUCUCAGGAUAGUCUGGGCACUGUUGAGCGGACCCAGGAUUCAGAAGGGUCCUUCAAACUGGAGGAUCCCACUGAGGUGACCCCAGGAUUAAGCUUCUUCAACCCUGUCUGUGCUACUCCCAAUAGCAAGAUCCUGAAGGAGAUGUGUGAUGUGGAGCAGGUGCUGUUAAAGAAGACAGCUUCAACUGCCUCCUCCCUUGGCUUCCCAGAAUCAAAACAUACAGCAACAGAGUUCCAAGAAAAUAAAGCUCCCGGGAAGAAAAAGAAACGAGCUUUGGCCAGCAAUACCAGCUUCUUCUCUGGCUGCUCUCCUAUUGAAGAAGAGGCCCACUAAAAAUGAACUUGUCUUCUCUGUCGCAGUUUGGCUUGAGAGAGCCUUUCAGGCUGCAGCCAGAGUGGUUUUUUGAUUUACAGUUUCUUGCUGUUUCACAAAGGGACCACAUAUUACUGAAAGAGGAAACCUAUUGGAUGUUGGCAGUCAGUCUCCAGCACCUCAGCCCCAGACUACUACUCUUCUCCAGAUAGGUGCUAAGCUUUUCUCCAGAAAGGUGCUAAGCUACUUGCUGAAGAGAGAACCAACUGACCUUUCCAGUGACUCACCAAGAACCAGUCCCCAGUAUAGUCUAGCUCUUUCUUAUUUGUGAGCAGUUAGGACUGUCUCCAGAUGGGUAUGCGGCUGAGGCUGUAUUAUUCCUAGGUUGUCUCACCUUAAUGGUGGAGCUUGGCCUAGGAUAGAGGCCUGGAACCCAUCCUUCACCCCAUCUCAGCAAUGAGGUUGGGAUUUUGGGGUUGACCAUUUUGGGGAUGUAAAUGUUUUAUCUAUACCCUCAGUUGUCUUCUGUGUUGCUGAGGUAAAUGAAAUCUUUUAAAAUGUAAGUAAAUAAAUUCUAGUUCA